UUAAAAAAUAGUUGGGAAUUUUUUUUAUACAUUUUUACACCUUAUUUUGCGCGAAGGUGCCCUGUUCAAUUUAUGCUAGACUCUACAUGAUUAUUAUGGAAUAUCACAGAUGUCUCUAAAUUAUUAGGAAUAAUUCUGUAAUUUGAGGUUGAAAUUGGUUGAAAUUUGGAUAUUCUUUUUUGAUGAUUAAGAAUUGAAAAUGGCUGCUGAACUUAAGUAAAUAUGAGUUAUUUUAUUAUCUCUUUCAGUAGUACUAUUGUAGUUUUAAAUAACUUUGGAUAAUGUAUUCAAACUGAAUUCGAAAUUGUUUUUUUAAUGGAAUGUAAAGACUUAAGCUGGAUUUUUAAGGUAUAUAAAUUGAAUGGGAUUCGCAUUAAUUUUUGAUGAAAGUCAAGUAUUAGAAAAGUAACGUUUUUCAACAUGAACGGAAUACAUGAUGAAGACCGCAGAAGGCGGCUCAGAAUGUUGGAAGAUAAAAUUCAAGAUCGAAGAGGUAUUGCAAAUAUCGAUUCAUUGCUUGAUACUGUUCAAGCCUUGUAUGCUGAUUGUGAUCAUCCUUCUGUUAAAAAAAUGAAAAACAUUGAGAUGUAUAUAAAUAGAUAUGAUGAGUUUGCUUCUGAUAUUGUCAAUCUCCGUAUGAAAACAGAUGAUUUUGAACAUAUUAAAGUAAUAGGUAGAGGUGCCUUUGGAAAAGUUCAAUUAGUUCGACACAAAUCCACUAGGAGAGUCUAUGCCAUGAAGAGGUUGAGUAAAGCAGACCUUAUAAAAAGGUCUGAUUCUGCAUUUUUUUGGGAAGAACGGCAUAUCAUGGCACAUGCGAAAUCAGAAUGGAUAGUUCAGCUACAUUUUGCAUUUCAAGAUUUUAAAUAUCUGUAUAUGGUAAUGGACUAUAUGCCAGGUGGAGAUAUUGUUAACCUCAUGUCUAAUUAUGACAUCCCUGAAAAGUGGGCAAAAUUUUACACCAUGGAAGUCGUGCUGGCCUUAGAUCAUAUACAUUCCAUGGGUUUUGUUCAUAGAGACGUAAAACCUGAUAAUAUGCUCUUAGAUAAGUAUGGUCACUUGAAAUUGGCCGAUUUUGGUACAUGCAUGAGAAUGGAUACUGAUGGAUUAGUUAGAUCUAAUAAUGUGGUGGGUACUCCAGAUUAUAUCUCUCCAGAAGUUCUUCAGAGCCAUGGUAAAGGAAUUUAUGGGAGAGAGUGCGAUUGGUGGUCUGUAGGUAUUUUUAUAUAUGAAAUGUUGGUUGGUGAGACACCGUUUUAUGCUGAUAGUUUACUGGGCACUUAUAACAAAAUAAUGUACCAUGAAAAUAAUUUGAAUUUUCCGGAGGAAGUUGAAUUUUCUAAAGAAGCAAAAUCUUUGAUACAGGGUUUGUUAUGUGAUAGAACCAAGCGUCUAGGACGCAACAGUGUGGAUGAAAUUAAAAACCAUAAAUUCUUUAUAAAUGAUCAAUGGACCUUUGAGAACUUGAGAGAUUCUGCUCCUCCUGUAGUGCCUGAAUUGACUGGAGAUGAUGAUACAAGUAACUUUGAUGACUAUGAAAAAGAUGAAACUGCUGAAGAGAAUUUUCCUGUGCCAAAUAGUUUUGUAGGGAAUCAUUUACCAUUUAUUGGAUUCACUUAUAAUUCUGAUUAUCAGCUAUUAUCAGAUCGAAAAGAUUUAACGGAUGGACUCAAUUCGAAUCAUAUGAAUGAAAGUAGUUCAAUAUCUCAAAUGAAUCGUUUAGAAUUACUUUUAGAACAGGAAAAGAAUAAUGUCGAAUCUUUAGAGACUAAACAACGAAUUCUUAUUGCUCAGUUAGAUAAUUUAGCACAACGUGAAAGCGAAGUUAGGGAAGAAGCUAUUAAAUACGAAAAAGAGAUAACAUUACUAAAACACAAUUUUAAAGAAGUGCAACGUAAAGCCGAGAACGAAAGUGAGUUACGGAAGAAGACUGAGAAGUACUUAGCAGAUUUGAAGAAAAGAUUAGAAGAUGAACAAAAUAAGAGGACAAGAGAAAUGAAUAACAAUCAACAGCAUAAUGACAAAAUAAAUCUGUUAGAAAAACAAAUAGCAGAUUUACAAGACAAAUUGAAAAUUGAAACUGAAAAUUGUCAUAGGUUUCGUAAACAAGCCAAUGAAUUAACCAUGGUGAAAAAUAACUCUGAACAGAAAGCUUCAGAGUACCAAUCAAUGCUUCAGAACCUUCAAGUUCAAAGAGAUGGUCUUCAAAAGGAGGUUGCUUCAUUACAAGGACAAUUAACUCAAGAAAGAAGUUCAAGAACUCAAGCUUCUGAUCAACAAAGAAUACUAGAGAAUAAAAUUCAGUCGCUCAAUGCUGAAUUAGAUCGAGCAAAACAAAGAGAGAAUAAAGUUUCUAGUGAUAAUACUCAACUGUCGGAGAAAGUAUCAACUUUGGAGAAGGAAUGUGCUAGUCUAGAAUUAGAAUUGAAAACAGCUCAAAACAGAUAUCAGCAGGAAGUUAGAGCUCAUGAAGAGACUGAAAAGAGCAGAAUGAUGAACAAGGAAGAGGCAAAUUUAGAAGUUGUGAAAGCUCUACAGACCAAGUUGAAUGAAGAAAAGAGUGCUAGACAGAAAGCUGACCUGAAUUCGCAAGAAAAAGAAAGACAAAUAUCGAUGCUUUCUGUGGACUACAGGCAAAUUCAGCAGAGAUUGCAAAAAUUGGAGGGUGAACAUAGGCAAGAAGUGGAAAAAGUGAAAGCUCUACAUAGUCAGAUUGAACAGGAACAACAAAAGAAAACAAUUUUACAAACAGAUAUCGGUCAUCAAUUGUCCGAGAUUGCAAAAUUGAAAGCCAGAGAAUCCCAACUAGCUGUGGAAAUUCUACAAGUUGAAGAAUCCAAAAAAAAAGUGGAAGAUGAAUUGUCGAGAAUUAAAAGAGAAUUCCAAAUGGAACAACUUCAACUUAAAGAAUUGCAAGAGUCUCUUGAAACUGAACAACACUUCUCUACAUUAUAUAAAACCCAAACUCUUGAGCUCAAGGAGGAACUUGAGGAAAAGAUUAAAAUAAAUAAAGAAUUUGAAGAAGAACGAUUAUCUCUGAAACAUCAGUGUCAGUUGGCUUUAGCAAGAGCAGAUUCAGAGGCUUUAGCCAGAUCAAUAGCAGAGGAAACUGUUGCAGAUCUGGAAAAAGAAAAAACUAUGAAAGAAUUAGAAUUGAAAGAUCUUCUUGCUAAGCAUCGAACCGAAUUGAGUUCUAGAGAAGCGAGUUACAACAUGAUGAAAGAACGUGAAAUUGAAUACAAGAAACUAAAUGAUCAGCUUCACAAGGAGAAAGAAGAUCUUUUGAGACAAAUCAAACAGUUGCAAGAAGAAAUUAAUAGAAAGGGUGAAAGUAAUGAGGAAGUUGAAAAACUACAUGCUAAACUCAAAACUGAAUCUCUUCUGAAACAACAAGCCGUUAAUAAGUUGCACGAAAUAAUGAAUAGGAAAGAUUUGCGAGAAGUCAAAGGAAAAAACAAGAUUUCAAAUGCAGAUUUGAGAAGGAAAGAGAAGGAUUUGAAGAAAUUACAACAAGAAUUGAGUCAAGAGAGAGACAAAUACAAUCAGAGUUUAUUAGCUUAUCAGAAAAGUAUUCAAGAAUUGACGUGUCAACUUAACGAAGAAACAACUUCCAAGCAACGUCUUCAAAUGGAGGUAGAUAGUAAAGAUUCAGAAAUAGAACAGUUACAGAUGAAACUGACCGCUAUGAACACAGAAACUGCUUCAUUAAGUUCUGCCGAUAAUGAAGGGGAUGAAUUCAGUUCUGAAGCGCUCUUUGAAGGAUGGUUGUCGAUUCCUUUCAAACAAAAUAUAAGGCGGCACGGUUGGAAAAAACAAUAUGUGGUUGUAUCUAGUAGAAAAAUAAUAUUCUAUAAUUCUGAGAAUGAUAAGCAGAAUUCAGAUCCUGUUAUUGUUUUGGAUCUUUGCAAAGUGUUCCAUGUCAGAUCAGUAACACAGGGAGAUGUUAUUAGGGCAGAUUCCAAAGAUAUACCAAGGAUUUUUCAGUUGCUCUACGCAGGAGAAGGGGAAGCAAGAAAACCAGAUGACCAGACAAACAAUCUCGAUGUUAGCUCAAUCAGAAGUUUUGAAGACAAACCUGGUACUACGAUUCAUAAAGGACAUGAAUUUCUUCAUAUUUCUUAUCACAUGCCUACGACUUGUGAGGUGUGCCCAAAGCCUAUUUGGAAUAUGUUCAGACCCCCACCUGCUCUUGAAUGUAGACGUUGUAGAAUUAAAAUACAUAAAGAUCAUCUGGAAAAGAAAGAAGAUAAUGUUCCUCCUUGUAAGCUGCAUUAUGACCCUUCAUAUGCCAAAGAGUUGCUGUUACUAGCACAAUCUGUAGAAGAUCAACAACAGUGGGUUCUCAGAUUAAGUAGGAAAAUACAAAAAUGCGGUUUUAAAGCAAACAAUUCUAACACUCUGGACUCUGCCAAAGUAUCUCCUAGGGAAUCCACAAGAUCCAACAUGAAACCACCAUACCUUAAUUCUCAGCGAUCGGCUACAUUACCAAGCAAUUCUUCAAUGUCUAACAAAUGACGACAAAUGUAAACCAUUAAAAGGUACAAAAGAGUUGCAAAAACACGAAUCCCUACAUUGAAGAAAUCCAUUGUAGAAUGACCAACAUGUGAUUCUUCAUGUUGGAGAACAUUUACAAAAUAGAUGAAGAAAGCUAUUUUUUCCAACAAAGCAAUGCAUCACAGUAGCUUGUUAAAAACUUGAUCUUCUUUCGAACUUAUUGAAGGUGAUCAUUUUGAUUAGAACAGUAUCAAUCCAACCCAGCAAGUGUAAAUUGUGAUACAUUUUCGAGUGUGGACUAGGGUAUUUUUGAAGAUCAUAGUAAUGAAAUAUUAUAGAAGUUAUUUUCUUUUUUUAUUUUUUGUUCAAAACUUUUUCUUGUUGCUUAUUUCAUUACUUUGAGCCAAUCAUCUGCAGAGGAAUAAUUGAUACGUAUUUGUGCAUGACAUCAAUAUGGAUGAAUUACAUCAGUUUGCUCUCAAUAACUAAUCAAAUAUAUCCCUCUUAUAUAUCGUACCAGUACAUGAUGAAUCAGUUUUCUUUCAUAAAGAUCAUAUGAAUGAUGAUUUCACUUCUUCAUUACUUCUGUAUGACUCAAUAAGUUCAAUUUGGUUAUUAUGGGUAUUUAUAUCAAUAAUUAAAAUGGCUUCACUAGCUCUAUGUGAACAGUUGAGAAUGGCUAAAGAGAAUAUGAGAUUAACAUUAACAGUCCCAUUGAAUACCAAAUGUUUCUAUUGAUUUUUAGUUACAUUUGUCUAUUUGUCUUGAAAUGAAUAGAAUCGAUGUUUUGUUUUCUAAUUGUUAAUAAUUGAACAUUGAUUUUAAGCCAUUUUUCAAUUUAUUUAUGGGUAUCCAUUCCAUAUUUUCUGAAAAAAAUUCUUCUAAUUUUAUCUUUAAAAAAUCGUGAAGAAUCUUUAAGAUGUAAGAACUUCCAUAUAAGUUAUCACAUUUAAAGAGUAAGUUAUUGGUACUUUAUGUAAUUAUCUUGAGUCUGAAUUCAAAAUGUUAUUCCAUUGCUUUUAGCAUGUAAAAAUCAACUAUAUAAUAGAUAAAAGGAGUAAAGUUGAAAUUCCAGUAUUCCCAACAAUUUUUAAUAUCUGUGGGUUAUUGGACAUACUUUCAGUAUAUCACACUUUAUUUUCUCUUGUAAAGUUGUAUCUUAAAUCGGGUAUUGUUAUCUCAAUCAAGUUUCAUUUGACAGAUGCUUUGAUGGUGCUAGUAAUUCAAUAACGUUUUUGUUUUAUUUGCGAGAUUACUUCAAUUAUGUCUAUCUUUCUGAAUAAAAUGAAGUGAUUUUUGUGAAAAAUUUUCUAAACAUUCCGCAUAGUACACUGAAUUGAAAUAUUAUUUUGUAAAUUUUUGUUGUUAUUUGUACAAAUGAUGUAAUUUAAUUUUAUCAUUUUGAUUUUUAUGUAUUUAUUAUUCUAUUUUUAUUAAUUUUAUAGCAUAAGAUUUGUGCCUUUAAGGAUACUUCACCUAAGUGCUGUAUCAGCUACUUCCAUUAAUAAGUAAGAUUGGAACAGAUAAUGUUUUAACAAUUUAUUGUCUUGUUUAUAUAAACUGAGUACCAAAAUAAAUUAUGAAAGACUAAA